GCAUUCGCUCGACGCCAUGAAUAUUUGACGAAAGACGAGCGAGAGCAGACCAACCGUGACCGGUGUGACGAGUCGCGCCGCCGGUGGCGAAACGCGUGUCACGUGCCACCUCAUUUCUCUACUUACCAUCAUGGCGCCCAAGCGACGCGUUGUCGACGACGAAGACGAGGAGGUCAAGCAUGCAGAGGCGUCACCUCCUGCGACGAAGCGCGCGCGAACCUCGGUGAAGGGAGAAGGCUCAUCGACGCAGGCUCAUCAUGCGAAGCCGGAAGACGACGACGACGAGAACUUCGACGUCGGGGACGCGGUCACCCCACCCACACAGAAUAUCGACGAUGAGGACUUCGAGGCGCAGAUGCAGGCGAAGAUCCGUGCGAGUAUUGAGAAGCGCCACAACCACACCGCGGGCAUAGCAGAGCACGGCAUUAUCGAAUUCAUUGAGAUGUCCCAAUUCAUGUGCCACAAGCUUCUGUCUUUCAACUUUGGUCCCCAGAUCAACUUCAUCAUCGGCCACAAUGGGAGUGGCAAGAGUGCUGUUCUGUCAGCCAUUACAGUCGCGCUCGGUGGAAAGACGGCUUCCACUGGACGUGGAGCUGGUCUCAAGUCCUUCAUUCGCGAGGGCCAAUCAGUGGCCGAAGUGACGAUCAUGCUAAAGAACCAGGGCGAUGAAGCGUACAAGCCGCAGGAGUAUGGCAAGUCGAUCGUCAUUACGCGGCGCUUCACCAAGGACGGCAACUCUUCUUACAAGAUCAAGUCCAAGGAUGGCAGAGUCAUCAGCACCAAGAAGGACGAGCUGUCCGCGAUUUGCGACCACAUGGGCAUUCAGGUUGACAAUCCCCUGAACGUCCUUACGCAAGACGCCGCUCGCCAGUUCCUCAGCGCCGCCAAUCCCCAGGACAAGUACAAGUUCUUCCUCAAGGGCACUCAACUACAACAACUCUCGGAGGAGUACGAGUUGUGUCUCGAGAACAUCCAUCAGACGAGCAAGAUCCUCGCAGCGAAGAAGGAAGCCCUCCCGGAUCUUCAGCAGCAUCUGACUGAAGUAUCGGCCAAGUUUGAAGAGGCGAAGAGGGCCCGCGACCAGAAGAAGAAGAUUGACGAGCUCAAGAAGGAGAAGGCAUGGGCGCACGUCAAGACGAAGGAGCUCGAGCUCGAGGCGAAGCUUGAGGAGGUACAGAGGGCUGAGCGCAAGCUUCCCAAGAUCAUCGAGAGGCUUCAGGAGAUCGAGGUCGAAUUCGAGGCGGCUGGUCAAGGAAUUGUCGAAUGCAAACAGCAACUGGAGGCAGCGGGGAACGUAGAGCCGCUGGAGCAGGAGCGCCGCGCGGUCCACGCCAAGCUCAGGGAAAAGAAGUCGGAGAUGGACUCGAUCAAAGACGACAUCAAGGGCAUCAACACUGCCAUGACGGCGGUGAAUACUCAGAUCCGGAACUUCGACAAGCAGAUCGCCGAUGAGCAUAAGCGCAUGGCCGCGGACACGCAGGCGAAGCGGCAGAUGAUCCUCGACCAGAUCGAGCAGGUCAAGGCCGAGCUCGAUGCCGCCGGCGAGCGCGUCGACGACCUCACCAACCAGGCGAACGAGGCGCGGCGCCAGGCAGAGAAGGCCAAAGCGCGCGGAAUGGACCUCCAGGGGCGGCAGAGCCAACUCAAGACGGAGAUUCAGAACUGCGACGCGGAGCUCGAUCGCGCGAAGCGGGCGCACCACGACCAGUUCGUCAACUAUGGGCGCGAGAUUCAACGCGUCGUACAGGAGGUCGAGCGUGCGCAGUGGUAUGGGGAGAGGCCUAUCGGCCCCAUUGGCCGCUACGUCAAGGCAAAGGACCCGCGCAAGUGGGGCAUACUGCUUAGUUGGCAGUUGCGAGGGGUGCUGGAUGCGUUUGUGGUCACUGACCAGCGCGACCGGAAGCAGAUGCAGAGUAUCCUGUCUCGUUAUGGGAAUGAUCGCACAAUGAUUAUCAUCACCGAGCGCGAUAUCUUCGACUACAGUAAUGGCGAGCCCCCCGAAGGCAUCCUCACCGUGCUUCGUGCGCUUGAGAUCACCGACGAAUUCGUCGUUCGCGUGCUGAUCAACCACUCGAGCAUUGAGCGAAUGAUCCUCACGGAUACACGUAGAGAAGCUGACCAGCUGCUGCGUACUCUACAUGGCGCUCAGCGGGCUUGGACCCUCGACAAUUUCGCCGUCAGCACUUUCGGAGGGCGGGGUGGUGGUCAAUCCCAGCCCAUCAAGAUGCGCAAUCCGAGAAUGAAAUUGGCGGGCACGAGUGUUGCUGAUCAGACCGAUGCUAUCCAGCACCAGAAGAGUCAGCUGGAGGCUGAGUACCAGGCGCUGCAGCAGCAGAUUCAACAGUUCCAGAACGAGUACAAUCACGCGCGUCGGGCAGAAGAGACGUUCAAGAGUCAAUUGCGCCAGGCCAGCACGGCACGCCGGCAGGCUGACGGUCGGCUGGCGGGUCUUCGCGCGCAAGCUGAGCAAGAGGACCAGACAUCUGACAUCGGAGCCCUCCAGGCGGGGAAGCAGACCGCGGAGGAUGAGAAGAGCCGGCUCCUGGAGCAGUUCGAGGACGUGAAGCAGCAGGAGGCGACCGUCGAGGCUGAGCUCCUCGAGCUGACUGUGCAGCAGAACACGCUCAGGGACGAGAUAGAGAGACUCUCUCGGGGCAGUCAAGGAGUUCGGCUGCAAAUGGAAGCGCUUGCGGAGAAGCGCGUCAAGCUCGGGUCGGACAGAGAGCACUUCGAGGCGAAGCGCGCUGAGGCACAAGCGCACGUUGAUGCACUGAAAGAAGUGGCUGAAGUCCUCGAGACAGAGUUCAAGAGCUGGACUGAGAAGGCGCUCGAGUACUGCCCGCGUGUCGAGAACCCGCGCAAGGUCGCCGAAAUCGAGCGUAGCAUCCAGGCCAUGUCGACCGCGUUGAAGGAGCGCGAGCGGCGGCACGGGAAGAGCGUGGAGGAGAUGACUGUUGAGGUCAACAAGGCGCAGCAGAAGGUCAACGAGCUGAAGAACGAUCUGAAGGCGAUGAACCGGCUGAAUAAGCAACUCAAGGCAUCGCUGUCGCAGCGGUUGGUGAAGUGGCAGGAGUUCAGGAGGCACAUUGCGCUGCGGUGCAAGUAUGUGUUCCAGUAUCAUCUGUCGCAGCGUGGGUACUAUGGGAAGGUCAUCUUCGACCAUGAGCAGGGCACGUUGUCGUUGAAGGUCCAAACUGACGACCAGGCCAUCAAGAAGGCCGCGGGUGGCAACCGCGACAAGGACCCGCGCGUGCUGAGUGGUGGUGAAAAGUCCUUCUCGACGAUCUGCUUGCUGCUCUCGCUCUGGGAGUCUAUCGGCUGCCCGCUGCGUUGCUUGGACGAGUUUGACGUCUUCAUGGACGCCGUCAAUAGGCGUAUCAGUAUGAAGAUGAUGAUCGACACGGCGAACACGUCGGACAGGAAGCAGUACAUCUUGAUUACGCCGCAGGAUAUGGGCAAUGUGUCGAUCACCGACUCGGUGAAGGUGCAUAGGAUGUCGGAUCCCGAGCGUAGGGCGGUGAACUAGAAUACUUGUAUGAUGCGGACCGUGGUCUUCCCUCACUUCCUUCCUUCCUCGCCGUUGAGCCCAUACUUUACUCACAUAUAUUCUACUGUACGAGUCUUGACCUUUCUUGUUUGCGUAGAAGUGCUUGCUUACUCUUUUCUGAACCACUUUGUUGUAUUCGAAACCGUCACGUCGAAGUGCAGAAACCAGAAUGAAGAGCGCGCUACCGA